AUGUUUCAACAAAUGGUCAGAAAGUUAACGAUAUUGUUCGCUCCCGUGGAAGGCGUGGGACACGUGAAUGCGUGCAUAGGUUUGGCUGAAGUACUGCUGAGUCGGGGCCACAAAAUUGUGUUCGCUAUCGACCAGUCAUUUGCGGGUCGAUUAGCGCCGUAUGGUUUCAUCGAAGAGGUGUUUCCAUCCCAUCAAAAAGACCAAAUGCCGGGCGAAAUGUUUGCGAACCAUUUGCUCGAUUCGGGCCUUUUGUCAAACGUAUCGUCAUUUGAAUCGCUGAAGAUAUGGCGAGACAUACCUGUAAUGGACGUCGUGUUUGCCAAAAAGCGGGCCAAUGAGCCGACAUUAAAGACAAUUGUGGCCAAACAUAGUCCAGACCUGUUUGUGAUCGACGACUUUAACCCCUCGCCAGCAGUUCUUCACUCAAACAAACCCUGGGUUUGUGUUAUUAGCGCCAAUUUGUUGUUCACGUCAACUGACAACCGGCUACCGCCCGGUUGGUCCGGUUUUCCGGCAAAUAGUGACACAAAUAAAUGGAAAGAGUUUAGGGAAGAGUUUGACAAGACUUUUGUGAAACAAAGUCUGAAAUAUAAUGAAUGGCUGGAAGAGGAAGGGUUGCCAACAGUUAAUGUAAAUAAAAUUCACAUUACAUCGCCGUAUCUUAAUAUCUAUGGAUAUCCCGAAGAAUUGGAUUACACAGACAUCCGACCCAUACCUGAGAAGUGGUUAAGAGUCGACACAUUUAUGAGAAGAGGAGAGAAACAAGAGUUUAAAAUUCCCGAUAAAUUUAUUGACAGAGAUAUAGAGAAAAGUAAAUUAAUUUAUCUCUCAAUGGGUUCUAUGGGUUCAAUAAAUGUGGAUCUAAUGAAGAGAUUGGUGUCUAUUCUUAGCAAAAGUCAACACAAAUUCAUUGUCUCGAAAGGACUUUUCGGAGACACAUAUGAAUUGGCGGACAAUAUGUGGGGCGAGAACUCAGUUCCGCAGACAAAAGUGUUGCCAUUAGUAGAUGUGGUCAUAACUCACGGCGGGAACAACUCUGUGACCGAAACAUUCAGUUGUGCCAAACAUAAUCCCGAUGUGUAUAUUAUCGACGAUUUUAUCGGUUCGCCGGCACUAAUCCACUCAACCAAACCCUGGGUUUUCCUGUUUAGCGGAAAUCCAUUGUUUGUCUUACGCGACGACAGGACUCCUCCUGAAUGCUCGGGCUAUCCUUCAAACGGUGAUCGACAGGAAUGGCAGGAAUUCAGGGAAUUAUCAAACAAUAUGUUUAAAAAACAAAGCAUUAAAUAUAAUGAAUGGAUGAAAGAGGAAGGCUUUCCCGUAAACAAUGAGAACAAUACACUUCCAAAUUCCCCGUUUCUUAAUAUGUAUGGCUUUCCCGAAGAACUCGAUUACACAGAUCUCAGACCACUUCCCGAGAAGUGGUUAAGAGUCGACACAUUUAUGAGAAAAGGCGAAAAACAAGAGUUUCAAAUUCCCGAUAAAUUCCGUGACAGAGAUAUCGAGAAAAGUAAAUUAAUUUAUCUCUCAUUGGGUUCUAUGGGUUCAGCAAAUGUGGAUCUAAUGAAGAGAUUGGUGUCUAUUCUCAGCAAAAGUCAGCACAAAAUUAUUGUUUCGAAAGGACUUUUCGGAGACACAUAUGAAUUGGCGGACAAUAUGUGGGGCGAGAACUCAGUUCCGCAGACAAAAGUGUUGCCAUUAGUAGAUGUGGUCAUAACUCACGGCGGGAACAACUCUGUGACCGAAACAUUCAGUUGUGGUAAACCAAUGAUAAUAAUGCCAUUAUGUGGUGAUCAAUACGAUAACGCACAGAGAGUUCAUGAAAAGGGAUUUGGGAUUAGACUUAAUCCUCACAACUGUUCAGAACAGGAAUUAUUGGAUUCAAUCGAUAAGCUAUUGAAUGACAAGGAAUUGAAACAUAAAUUAUCCGUCGCUUUAAAACAAUUGAAACCCAUUUAUAUGAUUGUCGCCCAAAAGUUUAGAUCAAAGAGAAGUUUAGUUUUAGUGUCCAAACAGAGGGAUAGAACCCCAACCCCUCAUAAAAGGGUCAGCGAAGGGACAGCGAAUGCAUAG